AUGGCGUCGUCUAGGCAAAACGAGGCACUUACACUUCACCGCCAGCUUGCGCUCCCGUCCGUCACUUCACCAGGAUCGGCCGUCACAAGCGCGCGGCAGAGCGAGCCGUCAUCGUCACGCAGCGCCACCACCAUCGCCUCUCGCCACGCGACGCCUUCGCCGUCUUCGAUCUCACUCCCCUUGCCGCGCUGCACUCUCCCCCCCUCUCCUCUCCCCCCUCACCCCCUGCGCUGCUACGAGUCGACUCAAACCGCCACCACCAUGGCCUCUCGCCGCUCCCCGCCCUCAGCAUUGUCGCUUUCUCUUUCCCCUGCUGCGCUGCUCGUUCUAGGCCUGGCUCUUCUCGGCCUAUCCUGGCCGUCCAUCGCGUCGUCCCGACGCGUGCUGCUGCAGGCCGGCGGCGCGGCAUCGGACGGCGCGGCGGCGUUCGGCAGCCGUGUGAUUUUCAACUCGAUGCAGAACGUGGGCGUGCAGGACGGCGGGGCCAUCUCGCUCACGCUCGACCGCACGGGAGGUGCGAAUAGAGGGCAUGCUCUUGCUUCUCUUGAGGGCAGUGCUCUUGCUUCUCUUGAGGGCAGUGCUCUUGCUUCUCUUGAGGGCAGUGCUCUUGCUUCUCUUGAGGGCAGUGCUCUUGCUUCUCUUGAGGGCAGUGCUCUUGCUUCUCUUGAGGGCAGUGCUCUUGCUUCUCUUGAGGGCAGUGCUCUUGCUUCUCUUGAGGGCAGUGCUCUUGCUUCUCUUGAGGGCAGUGCUCUUGCUUCUCUUGAGGGCAGUGCUCUUGCUUCUCUUGAGGGCAGUGCUCUUGUUUCUCUUGAGGGCAGUGCUCUUGCUUCUCUUGAGGGCAGUGCUCUUGCUUCUCUUGAGGGCAGUGCUCUUGCUUCUCUUGAGGGCAGUGCUCUUGCUUCUCUUGAGGGCAGUGCUCUUGCUUCUCUUGAGGGGAGUGCUCUUGCUUCUCUUGAGGGCAGUGCUCUUGCUUCUCUUGAGGGCAGUGCUCUUGCUUCUCUUGAGGGCAGUGCUCUUGCUUCUCUUGAGGGCAGUGCUCUUGCUUCUCUUGAGGGCAGUGCUCUUGCUUCUCUUGAGGGCAGUGCUCUUGCUUCUCUUGAGGGCAGUGCUCUUGCUUCUCUUGAGGGCAGUGCUCUUGCUUCUCUUGAGGGCAGUGCUCUUGCUUCUCUUGAGGGCAGUGCUCUUGCUUCUCUUGAGGGCAGUGCUCUUGCUUCUCUUGAGGGCAGUGCUCUUGCUUCUCUUGAGGGCAGUGCUCUUGCUUCUCUUGAGGGCAGUGCUCUUGCUUCUCUUGAGGGCAGUGCUCUUGCUUCUCUUGAGGGCAGUGCUCUUGCUUCUCUUGCUUCUCUUGAGGGCAGUGCUCUUGCUUCUCUUGAGGGCAGUGCUCUUGCUUCUCUUGAGGGCAGUGCUCUUGCUUCUCUUGAGGGCAGUGCUCUUGCUUCUCUUGAGGGCAGUGCUCUUGCUUCUCUUGAGGGCAGUGCUCUUGCUUCUCUUGAGGGCAGUGCUCUUGCUUCUCUUGAGGGCAGUGCUCUUGCUUCUCUUGAGGGCAGUGCUCUUGCUUCUCUUGAGGGCAGUGCUCUUGCUUCUCUUGAGGGCAGUGCUCUUGCUUCUCUUGAGGGGAGUGCUCUUGCUUCUCUUGAGGGCAGUGCUCUUGCUUCUCUUGAGGGCAGUGCUCUUGCUUCUCUUGAGGGCAGUGCUCUUGCUUCUCUUGAGGGCAGUGCUCUUGCUUCUCUUGAGGGCAGUGCUCUUGCUUCUCUUGAGGGCAGUGCUCUUGCUUCUCUUGAGGGCAGUGCUCUUGCUUCUCUUGAGGGCAGUGCUCUUGCUUCUCUUGAGGGCAGUGCUCUUGCUUCUCUUGAGGGCAGUGCUCUUGCUUCUCUUGAGGGCAGUGCUCUUGCUUCUCUUGAGGGCAGUGCUCUUGCUUCUCUUGAGGGCAGUGCUCUUGCUUCUCUUGAGGGCAGUGCUCUUGCUUCUCUUGAGGGCAGUGCUCUUGCUUCUCUUGAGGGCAGUGCUCUUGCUUCUCUUGAGGGCAGUGCUCUUGCUUCUCUUGAGGGCAGUGCUCUUGCUUCUCUUGAGGGCAGUGCUCUUGCUUCUCUUGAGGGCAGUGCUCUUGCUUCUCUUGAGGGCAGUGCUCUUGCUUCUCUUGAGGGCAGUGCUCUUGCUUCUCUUGAGGGCAGUGCUCUUGCUUCUCUUGAGGGCAGUGCUCUUGCUUCUCUUGAGGGCAGUGCUCUUGCUUCUCUUGAGGGCAGUGCUCUUGCUUCUCUUGAGGGCAGUGCUCUUGCUUCUCUUGAGGGCAGUGCUCUUGCUUCUCUUGAGGGCAGUGCUCUUGCUUCUCUUGAGGGCAGUGCUCUUGCUUCUCUUGAGGGCAGUGCUCUUGCUUCUCUUGAGGGCAGUGCUCUUGCUUCUCUUGAGGGCAGUGCUCUUGCUUCUCUUGAGGGCAGUGCUCUUGCUUCUCUUGAGGGCAGUGCUCUUGCUUCUCUUGAGGGCAGUGCUCUUGCUUCUCUUGAGGGCAGUGCUCUUGCUUCUCUUGAGGGCAGUGCUCUUGCUUCUCUUGAGGGCAGUGAUCUUGUUUCUCUUGAUGGCAGGGCGUGUGGACAGACACACAGAGCGGGGUUUGAGUGCAGCGACGCGUACAGCUUUGGCACGUUCAGUGUGGAGGCCAAGAUGCCGGCCGGCUACUCUGCUGGCGUCUGCGCCACCUACUUCCUGCAGUCAGGGUCAUACGAGCAGCGCAACGAGUGGGACUUUGAGUUCCUGGGCUCGCCCAACACGUCGCUGGGCAUGACCCUGCAGACCAACGCCUUCAUGGGCGGCACGGGCGGCCAGGAGGAGCUCUCUGCGUUUGGCUUCGACCCCGCGGCUGACUUCCACACCUACACCAUCCAGUGGGGGCCCGACCAGACCGUGUAA